CGCGCCUUCCAGUCUCUAACUGACUUCACUACCACCAUGCCUCUGGUUUUCCUCUGUUUCCUUCUCCAGUUUUCUUCUCUCCUUCCGCCGUCGUCGGCGGCGGCUACCGGUAGUAACAGCAUAGUAUUUACCACCCUUGGCAGGUCCGUCUAUGCCUUCGAUGUCUUUACCCUCCCGGCCGAUGAAAACAGGUCCCCUUCUGCAGCGGAUGAAACCCUAAUCACCGAUGGCGAAUCCGUCAAUUUCAAUGGCUAUUUCCCUUCGUCGUCGUCGUCAUGUUCGAUUCUCUCUCUUUUAACGAACCAAUCACAGUCCUUACGGCCGGAUUUGGAACUCGUUUAUGUCACAGAGAGAAACGGAAUCUCCAGAAUCUUCUACGAUGCGAUUUACGGUGGUACCGGAUUUAGUGCUAGACGCCGGUCGGCGCUCGAGAUUCCUCAUCGACUGCAAAUUCCCCUUUUGGAUGAUGAGCAGAAGAACGAAGUUAGGGUUUCCUUCAAAGAUCGGCCGAGUUUAAGCGGCGAUUAUUUGGUGUAUGUGUCGACUCACGAGGACCCUGGCGAGUCCAGAACGAGUUGGGCGGCGGUGUACUCAAGGAGUUUAAGAUCGGGUACAACUCGGCGAUUGACGCCCUAUGGAAUCGCUGAUUUUAGCCCUUCUGUUUCUCCGUCGGGAGUUUGGACGGCUGUAGCUUCCUACGGCGAGAAGGGCUGGGCCGGCGAAGUUGAGGAACUAAGCACCGAUAUAUACAUCUUCCUUACUCGCGACGGAACUCGUCGCGUUAAGGUCGUCGAACAUGGUGGCUGGCCGUGUUGGGCCGACGAUUCGACUCUUUAUUUUCACCGGAGAGGCGAUGACCAGUGGCUGAGUAUAUACAGAGCGAUUCUCCCGAGUGAUGGAGAAAUUUCUACCGAUUCAGUGAUAAUCGAACGACUCACUCCACCUGGUUUGCACGUGUUCACUCCGGCCACAUCUCCAGCCAACAAAAACCUCAUCGCUGUCGCGACGAGAAGACCCGAUUCGUCUUUCCGCCACAUAGAGUUGUUCAAUCUCGUCACCGGAGAAUUCAAGGAGCUGACAAAAGCGGUUUCACCUAAUUCUCACCAUUUCAAUCCGUUCAUCUCCGCCGACGGGACUCGUAUCGGUUACCACAAGUGCAGGGGCGACAGCAAUGGAAGAAAAAGCAAUACCCUGUUCUUAGAGAACGUUCGUAGCCCUGUUUCUAAUUUAUCCUUGUUCAGAAUCGACGGUUCUUUUCCCUCUUUUUCGCCUGCAGGUGACCGUAUAGCUUUCGUGAACUUUCCCGGAUUAUACGUCAUCAAUCGGGACGGUUCAAAUCAACAGAAGGUUUACCCCGGCGCGGCGUUCUCAACGGCAUGGGAUCCAGUGCGGGAAGGUGUAGUAUACACCAGCGCCGGUCCCGAUUUUGCGCCGUUGAGUUCUCAGGUGGAUAUCAUUUCAGUCAACGUGGAUGAUGACGAGAGUUCUAUCAAGAAGCUGACGAAGAACGGUGAAAACAACGCCUUCCCAUCGCCGUCCCCCGACGGGAAAUGGAUCGUUUUCCGGUCGGGACGAUCGGGCUAUAAGAACCUGUACAUAAUGGACGCCGUCGAAGGCGAGAGCAAAGAACUUCACCGGCUUACAGAGGGCCAGUGGACGGAUACGAUGUGCAGUUGGUCGCCAGACGGCGAUUGGAUUGCAUUUGCAUCGGACCGGCACAAUCCCGGUGCCGGAAGUUUCGAUCUGUUCUUGAUCCACCCAAACGGAACCGGGUUGAGGAAGCUGUUUCAAAGCGGUUCGGCGGGUCGAGCGAACCACCCGAAUUGGAGUCCGGACGGGAAGGUUCUAGUGUUCACUACGGACAACGCGGGGAUAUCUGCGGAGCCAAUUUCGAACCCACAUCACUAUCAACCCUAUGGUGAGAUCUACACCAUCAAAAUGGACGGCUCCGAUCUUCAGAGGCUGACUCAUAACUCCUACGAGGAUGGGACCCCCACGUGGAGCCCACGUUACAUCAGCCCUGUCAACGUUCAGAACUCAUAUGACGUGGAACCCUGUGGCUUUGAAGAUUGUCACUGGCUGAAUCAAAAGAACAAGGCCCAGAAUGAAAUUAAGCCCGACUUAACCGGGCCUCGAUGCAGCCCAUAAUGGUGUCACUGGGCCAUCCGAAACCCAAAAGCCCAUAUUAGCAUGUACACUCAUGUAAUAUAUAAAUAUAAUUGAGAUAUUGGUAUAAAAAUAAUGGCUGUGCUUUUAAUGUUUAGACA